AUGUCGAGCAAGCGCGCCAAGGGGAAGACGACGAAGAAGCGCCCCCAGAGGGCCACCUCCAACGUGUUCGCCAUGUUUGACCAGUCUCAGAUUCAGGAGUUCAAAGAAGCCUUCAACAUGAUCGACCAGAACAGGGACGGCUUCAUCGACAAGGAGGAUCUGCAUGACAUGCUGGCCUCUUUGGGCAAAAACCCGUCUGAUGACUACCUGGAGGGCAUGAUGAGCGAAGCACCGGGACCCAUCAACUUCACAAUGUUUCUCACCAUGUUUGGAGAGAGGCUCAACGGCACCGACCCAGAGGACGUCAUCCGCAACGCCUUUGCCUGCUUUGACGAGGAAGGGUCUGGUGUCAUCCACGAGGACCAUCUGAGGGAGCUGCUGACCACCAUGGGUGACCGCUUCACAGAUGAAGACGUGGACGAGCUCUUCCGCGAGGCGCCCAUUGACAAGAAGGGAAAUUUCAACUACGCCGAGUUCACCCGCAUCCUCAAACAUGGCGCCAAAGACAAGGACGACGAGUAGAGGAGAAAGGGGGUGCGACCACCCACCUGCCUCUGCCCCCCCUCCCCCACACACAUCACCACUCAUCCAUUUCUACGUCCUACUUUUAUGAAGUAAUACAUGUCAUAAAAUUUUAUAAAGUUCGGGGAUGCAUUUGCUUGUAAGAUUCUACCUUGCAGGUUUGUCAUGAAGAAGUGUUGCAUCUUAGCUACUCAUAGCUUUGAGAUGCUUUUUACACCACGUGUGCAAGCAGCGAGCUGAUUGGACGGUCAGAUGCAAAAUAUCAGAAAUGUUUACCUCUUCCUGCCAUUUAGCUAGCACACGUGCAAAAAGAAUCACAAGCUCCCAAGUUGGUUUGUGACAUUUAAAUGGAUCAAGAAGUAGAUUGUUUAUUCCUUUCUGACAAGGGCGGGGGAACCUCUGGCCAUAGAGGCCUGCAAGAAGAUUUGAAGCAAAAUCUCAAAGGAGCGGUGAUCAAAAAAAUGUAAUAAUUGAAACCCAUAAAGCAAUGAUAUGUAGUAAAAAUGAGUCGCAUAUUUUGGCAUGAUUUAGUAGAAGAUAACUGAAAUGGCCCCUGUCAGGAAAUGUCCCUCCACCUUUUUGUAUGACAAUCAAAUGUGGGCUGUGCAGGUAUGUGGACUUGAUGGAGUGGGAUUGAAAGAGUUUGUGGUCAAAACUCCAAUUUCAAAAGCUGGUUGUAUGCAAUUGAUCAGGAUCAUGUGUGGUGUAGAAUUGUGAAACCGCAGGUGGAAUUUGCUCAGGUGAAGA